GUUGUUUUCUGUAACAAAGACAAGAGCCCGCUGAACAACAACCACUCGCCAUGGUUGCAUGUUACGCUACAUUGGCCGAGGAUUAACCAAUCCAACCCAGGUCCCAUGAGAAAACCUGACGCUCUCUGCAGUUAACAGGGGGCAGCAGCCCCUCUGGGUGGUGGAGAAGGGACAGAUACAAAAGAAAAAACGUAAAGAAGAGUUUUUCCUGUCGCCGUUGAAGAGAGCUUGAGUGGCUCGGAGGUGGUGACGGAGGUUAAAUCAGGUCGCAGGAAUGUAAAGUCCGGGUUCGUUCACAGGAAAUGGACGAGAUCAGGGGGCAGCAGCCCCUCUGGGUGGUGGAGAAGGGACAGAUACAAAAGAAAAAACGUAAAGAAGAGUUUUUCCUGUCGCCGUUGAAGAGAGCUUGAGUGGCUCGGAGGUGGUGACGGAGGUUAAAUCAGGUCGCAGGAAUGUAAAGUCCGGGUUCGUUCACAGGAAAUGGACGAGAUCAGUCCUUUGUUGGACAACCAGCAGCACCAGAGCCCAGAUCUUCUGUUUCCGAACCUGAGGCCGAGACACCGGAAUCUGAUUCCUACACCAUGUGGACCGAUAAAGGCGUGGUCGGAGCUGUCCAAUCUGGUGAAGACCUACUUCUGCUUCAGCAUCGUGUCCCUGCUGGCGCUGCUCGCCCUCACCGUGUCCAGCGUCUACAAGCAGCACAAGAACACGGAGGUUUCGGACGAGGACAACUUCACAGUGUCCCUCGUUCAGCUGGUUGGAAUAUUGUUCUGCAUCUACUACAUCAGCCGUGGCGUGCUGCAGGAGAACAGACAGGAGCUGGUGGUGUUCGUGCUCAGCGUGCUGGUGGUUAUGAUCCGAUCUGUGGUCAACUUCUCUGUGGUGGGCUCAGAGGGCAAGCAGGAGGUGCUGGUUCGCUUCGUUUGCAUCAUGUGUCUGGGCAUCGUGCACGUGUUCUGCACAACGUUGCUCAUCCUGAGGCCCAACAUGAUGGCAUUUCGGGUCGGCGGGGCCCUGGAGAGCCUACAGGAGCAGUACUUCCUCCUCAACCUCUGUUUCUCAAUGGUGACCUUUGACCUGCAGGCUCAGCUGUGUCUGUGCAUCCUGAUCACUACGUCGGACUCUGCCGUGUCUGCUAUCAACACAAUACUGCUGGGAGUCGGGGUGUUCUGGGCCAUCUUCACCGCUGCUGUCGGAGCUGUUGCGGUUUUGAAGGAAGUCAAGGUUCUGGUUUGGUUCUUCAUGGUGCAGAACCUUCCUCAAGUGGCCUUCUUCAUUUAUCUGAUGUACUCGGUGAUAGAGAAAUGGUUCCAGGACCAAUCGUACACCCUGGAAGCAGCCGCCGUCACCGGAGCUUUGAUUUCGCUGCUGAUCAAAGGGGUAUUAAUCUGGGGCCUCAUCAGACUGGUGCAGAGCUUUGGACAGGGCCUCAGAGAGAGAAUGUUUGCAGCCAGCUAGAGAGCACACAUCAGCUGGCUACCCCCAUCAAGGACCUCGCUGCAGAUUGACAUGAAGGUGGAGCUCUGAUUUUGAUCCAGCAUUAACUCUACCAAAGCAUUGACCAAGGAUUUUAUUUACAUGUAUUAACUCUAAUGAGCUGUUUACUGAAGGAAAAAUCUACUUUUGUACUUAAAUUCAAGCCUUGCAUUAAAAUGAGUCAGUAUGUGUAAUUGUUCUAAGCUUUUCUAAUCUAAAUGAUUGUUUUUAGUUUGAGUUUAAAGUACUUUAUUUUAAGUGCAUUAACAAGCUCAUAAAACAAUUUAAUGUAAAUGUUCCCGAGUCAGCCAAAAGCUUCCUUUUGAUCAGAACUCCUUUUGCCUAAUUUCAUUUGGUAAUGCCCAAAGUGACCUAAAAGUGCAAUAUUUACUUUAUUUUGUAAUUAGGCAUCAAAAUAUGCCUGAACAGAACUGGGAACAGAACUUACUUUUGGACUUUUUUGGAAGAACGUAUUCAGGGUGCAAACAUCACACUGAUCUGACCUUAUGAAACUAUAAUUAUUGAAGACAUUUUAGUUCGUAUUUUCACUGUAUGAUACACUGUAAGUUAUAAACUGGAUGUUACUAUAUUUUUUGUGAAGUGAACUACUUUCUCUACUGGUGCUGGAGUUACUCUAAUGAUUUGCAAUGUUUUAUGUGCCACUUUUGCUCACUCACAGAUUUUCUAACAUUCUGCACCUUAAUGCACUCACUUUUUUUAUAUUCUGGAUUCUUAAUAAAACUCAAAACCAUA